AUGCGGACUCCAGUCACGUCAAGCUGCCAGACCAGCCCCAGCACCCCAAGAACUUGACGCUCAUGCAUCCCGGUGAAUAUGCCACCCAUCUGGAGGAAAAGUGGCGCACGGCCGUUGCGGACAACGAAGAGAGCUUGCAGCGGUUCUGGGACAGGUUCCGUGGCAAGGGACGAGAGGUCGGGUUUGGCGAAAGUUUGUUGGCAAUUCUCCGGUCGUCUUAUCUGAACGUCCUCUUCGUUUUCUUCCCUAUCGCGUGGGCUUCACACUGGGUACCAUGGCACACUGGAAUCACCUUCGCAUUAUGCUUUGUCGCCAUCAUACCCAUGGAGAAAAUGUUCGAUUACGGCGGCGAGCAAAUGGCGUACUAUCUUGGGAAGGACUUGGGAGACCUCGUAGUCGUCACGCUCAACAACGCUGUUGAAGCCACGCUUGCGAUCAUCCUUCUUUUGAAGUGCGAAAUCAAGAUCCUGCAGUCCACCAUCGCUGGCGUCGUCUUGUUGCAUCUCCUCCUCAUACCAGGAACUGCCUUCCUGACAGGCGGAGCCCGUAUCUGGGAGCAAAAUUUGCAUCCUCACCCGACGCAGUUGAACCAUUCCUUGCUCACCAUCGGGGUCUUGACGCUUUUGCUACCGACGGCCUUCUUCUCCUCCAUCAACCGCGGUACAGCGUCCGAAAGUAUAGUAUCCGACGACCUUCGGCAUACCUUCCUUCAGAUGAGCCGCGGCUUGGCCAUCAUACUUCUGCUUGUCUACAUCGCGUCGAGGAUAUACCUCCACAACCCUCCCGGAGAGGACAACGCGCUGCGCGUAGCACAUAACGCACCUGAGGAAGUCUUGCAUGAGGAACAUCAUCUCCAGACAUCACGGCCGGAGGUCAACGUUUGGUGCUGUAUCGCGCUGCUGCUCAUAAUCAUCGCGAUCAUGGCCGUGACGGCCGAGAUGCUCGUCGAGAGCAUCGAGUUCGUCCGCGAAGAAGCCGGCAUCCAGGAAGAGUGGUUCGGCUUGGUCCUCUUACCCAUCGUCUCCUUCUCUGCCGACGGCACGGUCGCGAUCGUCUUCUUCCUGCGCUACAUGCUCAAGAUGUUCCUCGGCACCCCGUCCCCGCCCGCGACGCUCGCGAAAGCACGCGCGAUCGACCUUAGCAUCCAGUUCACCUUGUUCUGGAUGCCGUUCUUAGUGCUUUUGGGAUGGUGGACGGGCAAGCCUUUGACGUUGUUGUUCGAUAUGUUUGAAGUAGCGCUCUUGAUCGGGGCAUGCUUCCUGGUGAACUACGUCACCGCCGAUGCGAAGACCAACUGGGUGGAAGGAUGCAUCAUGAUGGCGUUCUACGUCAUGAUCGCACUUUGCUCGUGGUUCUACACCGGCGAACCCCAAAUCGAGGAGAUGGUGCGAUGCGAGAGCGUUGCAGCGGCAACCGAAAGCACAGGCACGAGCGAGAUCGUCGCCAGGUUGCUUCGGUGACACAAGCUUCCUUUCUCAUGGGACAGAGACGCCUCUUCGCCCAUCGGAUCCGAUCGACGCGGGCAUCUGUCGCAAUGCUUGCUUAGUUGUCCGUUUGAUCGCUGAUAUGCGGCGAGAUAGUUCUCUUGCAUCUUUGUUCUUACAGUCGUGACAUUUAAUUGCGG